AUGUCGAAGACAAAUAUCGAUGAGUGUGCUUCUAAUCCGUGCAACAAUGGCGGCACCUGUACAGACGGAGUCAACGGUUAUACCUGUGACUGUGCGGCAGGAUAUGCAGGAGAUGACUGUAAAACAGAUAUCGAUGAGUGUGCUUCUGAUCCCUGCAACAAUGGCGGCACCUGUACAGACGGAGUCAACGGUUAUACAUGUGAUUGUGCGGAGGGAUAUGUAGGAGAUACAUGUAACUGUGAAACAGAUAUCGAUGAGUGUGCUUCGAAUCCGUGCAACAAUGGCGGCACCUGUACAGACGGAGUCAACAGUUAUACAUGUGACUGUGCGGAGGGAUAUACAGGGGACAACUGUGAAACAGGUGUUGUUCGGAAGUAUUUCUAUUUCAUCAAAGAAGAGGUGAGCUCGGACUGGAAGGACCUCGCAUAUCAACUUGGAGUUAAACAAGCAGACAUUAACAACAUUGCUGGUAAAAAACAAGAUGACAAGUCUUGCUGUAUGGACUUGUUGUGCGAAUGGCUCGAAAGUAAUGGAGCGAGAGCCACCAUAGAGGUCCUGAUGGAGGCUCUGUCUGAGGCAAAGUUACAGAGUAUCGUAGAUGAAUUGAAGACAAAAUAUCCUGAGUUAACCGAACAGAGACAACCAGUUGGAGCAAACCAAGCACAGACAGAAAGCAUGAAGGCUCCAGAAGGAUUGAAGGCUUUGGAGACUACAAAUGACAGCGUCAAGUUGGGAUGGACAAAAGUCAACUCGAACCAGACUAGUGGCUACCGUCUGGAACAGUCCAUUGCGUUUGAAGAAAACUGGGUGUCUGCACAAGGCGACAGGAAACUGUUACCUGCUACAAUCACAGAGUUCACAGUUGUAGACCUGUCACCUUACAAGGAGUACCACUUUUGUGUGAGAUCAGCAAUAGACAGGAUGGGCAAGCUUGUCCUCAGUGAGAGAUCUGUGCCGCUUUAUGUUGUGGCCAAACAACCAUAUCAGCCAUACCGACCGAGAAACUUAAAGCUGACAGACCACACCCACGCAUCUCUCUCACUGACAUGGAAAGAGCCUUCACCAGCUGAUGAUGUCAACCCAGCCUGCUACGAAUAUGUCGUUGAGAUGUGCGCUCAUGGUAACGACCAAGGUGUUAAAAGAUGGACAGAGUACUGCAGGACAACACAAUGCAAUUGCCCUAUAAAUGAUCAGGACAAUGGAAUCUACCGGUUCCGGGUAUCAGCCAACAAUACGGAAAAUGAUGUAACCAGCCUUCCAGAAGAAAUGGGAGAUCCAGUCAUACCUAUUCAUAUAAAGACAAAAUCUGAAUGGUUGAUAGAGGUUCUCAAAACCUUCUGGCCUUUUUCUGCCACAACUCAGCCAAGAAGCCAAGAGUCAGGAAGCAUCAUCUUCAACAUCUCUUGCCAUGACCUGGAAGGGCUGCGUGAUCUGUGGAUGAACUAUAAACUGGGGAAAGUCAAGAAGUUUUUCGAGAACCUCUUUGCCCGCCUGGCAAGACUUUCCUCCGUGCAGACAGAUACAGAACUUGAGAUCAGGAUUGACAAGGAGGACUUCUACAGCUGUCGUCGACAUCUGCUGCUGACCAUGCCUACCAGUAAAGGCUUUCGGGUGGUGAGACUUGGAGAGGGUGAUUCCAGAGGCACACGGCUGGGCCUGAGUGAGGAUUACCCAGUCUACUGCAAACCGAUAUCUCACAAGACAACCUGCUCGCAGUUGGACUUUCUGGACCCUGCAAUACCCGUCGACCAACUUGGUCUGGACCGUGACGAGCUGUCGGCCCUCCCAUGCCUCAACAGACAGGUUCACUGUUCAAGCCUGCCAGGCCUAGACCUGGCUGUGGUGAGAGAGGACCUGUCCUACAAACAAGGGGACAGCUCUAAACUGAGGGCUGCUGUCCGAGCUAGCAGGGAGAAAUCACAACGACUGGAGGUUCAGCUCCAUGCAGCAAAGACGCAGCUAGAGACAGGAAGACAGGAAACAAAAGCCCUGAAGAAAGGGGUCGCCAAAAUGACAGAGGAAAGGGAAAAAGCACAGAAAAUCAUUCUGGAACACAAGAUAGAAAUCGAACAGUUACAGGAGACAAACAAGAACUGGGAAGAAGGGAUGCAAAGAUCCAGACAACAGACAGAGGCCUUGAUGCUCAAUCUGAGCAGGGAGGUUACCAGGCUGACAAAAGAGAAGGAGAAAGCACAGAGAAUUCUCCAGGAACAGAAGAUAGAAAUUCAACACCUGCAAGAGAACAACAAAAGCAUGACAGCUACUAUAGAGGAACUGUUGCAUGCUAAACACACAGCAAAGGGUGAGAGUGGGGAGCAGGUCCAUGGGAGAAAGGAAGGUCUAGGGUCAGAGAAGGGGAGAAAGGGAGAACAAGAGAAGGGGGCAUACACAGGGGAGACUGGCCCAUGGAAGAAGGAAGAAUCAGACAUUGAGCCACCGUCCACAUCUCAACCUAAGAAGACAGUCCCUCGUGGUGAAGAAGAUGCCGAAGCCAGGAAACAAGUCAAAGCUGACCCAGAUGGUGCAGGACCAAGUGGGUCAGGAGAGAUGGAUCAGGAACCACAGACUUCUCACUCAGCAGGUGUGAAUUAA